GACAGCAGAAGAGAGGAAUCCGAGGAUACGCUUACACCCUGGAUACACACACACACACUCCCAGCAUGUUCAGCAAAAAGAAGGAAAUGAACACAGGGAGAAUCAGCCAGGUGCAGGCUAAUGACCUGGUGGUGCUGAUUGCACGCAUGCAGAGUAGUGCAGACAAGGUGGAGACCAACAUCCUGCGUGUAGAAGAUCUGUUGGCUGAAGACUCAGAGAAUGGGAAGCGUGGAGUGUCUCUGACUCGGCGGAUUGAGGCAGCGGACAACCUGUCCUCGGCAGAGACGCUGCUGAAGGAGCUCUUCCUGGACGUGGACAAAGUCAAGAAACUACAGCACCCACAGGCAGGAGAGAUCGAGCUGGACGUGAGUAACCUUCAUGACCGCUGGUUUCAGUGUUGCAGUACGUAUCGAGACCUGUACAAGCAGAGUCUCGAGGUGGACCUCAAGCCCAAAAUCAACUGGGCCCAGGUGCUCAGCAACAAGCAGAGGCAGAUCCAGGAGGAGGCUUUUGGUCCCACUCUGUCUGAUGUGGAGAAGCAGGUCGCUGCCCACAACAUCGCACAUAAAGAGAUCGAAGCUUACCGCUCUCAGAUAGACUCAUCGGACAUCCCGUCUGUGAAAAGUCAGUACGCAAAAAUUGUGGAGAGUUCGCUGAGUCGUAAGCAGAAUCUGUCCGCCCUGUACGAGUACCUGCAGCGCUGUGACAAAGAGCUCGCCUACCUGAAGGAGCAGGAGGACCAGAUUCGGAAGAGGGACUGGAGCGACCGCAUCGAGGAUGCGCCUGGAGUCCGCAAGGAGUACGAGAGGUUCAAGGACAACAGCCUGCAAGCUCACCAGAGCGAGGUGGCGGAGCUGCAGAAGCAGGCAUACAGGCUGGUGCCGCAGCACCCAGGGUCCUCCACCAUCACCACUCACAAUACUGCAGUGCAGAAGGAAUGGAAACGCUUCGGCAGCCUCUGCCAGUGCCAGGAGACCCACCUGGACAAUUUGAAGAACUACAAAAAGUACCAGCUGGAUGCCGAGACAAUCUCCGAUUCUCUGAAAAGGAUCAAUGGGUCUAUGGAGCCAAACCUCUUGUCCAAGAUGAGCAAUGCCCAGAUCCUGAUGCAGCUAGAGUCAGAAGAGAGGGCAGUUCAGAGAAAUGAUCAGAAGCUGGCGAAGCUGAAGGAAGCUAGCGUUAGCAUUGCCCCUCUGCCCCUGCGGAGAAUCUCCUCCACCAGAUGCCCUGUGCUGGCCAUAUGUGACUGGAGCACUGACAAGGCGUCUGUGCAGAAAGGGGAGAAAUGCACCCUGGUGUCCCGCCCUGUGGAGGAGAACUGGGAGGUGAUGGACAACCUUGGAGAGACCAAAGUUAUCCCGGGAGUCUGCUUCGUCAUCCCCCCUCCUGACCCAGACGCCAUUGACCGAGCAACCAGCCUGGAACAUGAUCUGGCUAGUCUGAAGCGGAGAAGAGCUUCUCUUCAGGCUUCGCUGAGGACCCCCACCGAGGAGGUGGUGCAGAUCACUCGGACCGUAGCCGUGUCCAGUGCUGUGUCCAGUGCUGAUGACCCCAAGGCUUCUGAGCAUGCUAGCCGUCUGGACAAACUGAAUGCUGACCUGCUGAAGCUGGAGAAGGACGUCCUCACCAGAAUAAGAGUCCCCCUGGACCGCCGGAGCCCGAGGGGAGACCUUGCUGCCAGAGUCAAAGAACAAGAGAAGUCCGUCUUGACCCUGAAGAAUCUGGAAACCGAGAAAGCAUCGAUUCAAAGGGCGAUGGAGCCUGUCUUAUCCCAGACAUCCCUGAGGCCAACUGCAUCCUCUCUUACCCAGAAACUGAGCACUGCUAACAACAAGAUUGAGGACAUCACAUCUCUCACAGACCUCUAUGGCAAAAAGGCUGAUGCUGUUAUGAUUUUGGAGAACCAAAUUAAGAAGGUAGACAAGAGUCUGACAGAACUUGAGGAGCAGCUGAGCAUAGACACCGUCAUCCCCAACAACCCUGCAGGGGUCAUGCAGGUCAAGGACAAGCUCCAGAGGCUGAGUAAAGAUUCUGCAGCCAUGAAGGAGGACGUCCAGAAGCUGAACAGGGAUCUGGAGCUGACGGAGCAGCUCUGUGCUCAUCUGCAGAAGAGCUUCCAGGAGUUCUGUCCCGAUAUUCGCCAUCAGGAGGCCGACGUCAGGCGCCUCCGGAACCGCUAUGCUAACAUCAACAAUGAGCUAAAGCAAAGAUUAGGCCUAAUGCAAGAUGCAGCCAAUAAACAGCAGAUUUUCCAAAGUGCUAUCCAGUCUCUCAACAACACACUUAACAAUAUACCCAACAAUAAGCUAGACAUGGGCGACAGCAUGGCUCAGAUCAGCGCAAAGCAGAACUCACAGAAGAGGACAGUUGAGGACCUCAAGAGAAAGUCUGAAGAUGUAGAUAGUGUUGUGGCCCUUUCUCGUGAGCUGCAGAACACCCUCAAGGAAUAUGAAGCUGUCUCUUCUAAGUACCGCAGCAAUUCAGACACUGCAGAGCCUGGUUCAAAAGAGAGUUACCCCCUCACACUGGCUGAUGCUGUAGAUAACAAGGAAAAAGACGCAGUGAAGCGCUACCGUGAAGCACUGGCACAGAAUGUCCAACUUCUUGAACAAAUGGGAUUGGCAAAGGACAUCAUCAAACAGAAUGAAAACAUCGUUAGUCAGGUAGCAGUGCAACAGCAGCAGCUAGUGCAGAAGGGCUUGGUGGAGGUGGACAGCCUGAAGAAGGAACUGUCCGAGGAGACCUCCCGACGUUCCCAAGCUGAGAGUGAGCUGGACGCUUUCAGAAUGAGGAUGGUUUCACUCAAAAGCCGGAGAGGAGUGGAGCGGGUCGAAGAGAAGGAGACUGUGCAUUACUACCGGGAUCCCAAACUAGAGGUUGAACUGGAGAUACUGAAGAAAAAGAUAGAGGAUGAGGCCAGAAAACAUGCUGGGAUUCAGACUGAUAUUGAAAUUAUCAAGCAAAGAAUUGUUACUAUGGAGCGGGAAGUGACCGAGGUUAAGCCGAAGCUGGUGACCAAGGUAUUUACCGAGUAUGAAAAGGAUCCUCAACUGGAAAAGGAAGCAGUUUUGAUCCGGGAGGAGAUGCAGAAAAUAAGAGAAGCGCUCCGGCUGCAGGAUGCUGAAAUGCUUGAGAGGACCACCGAAAUCACAUUCUUGGAGAAAAAGAGACCAACAGUUAAAGAAAGGAUUGUAAAGAAGGAUGUUGUGAAACUGGAAAAGGAUCCUGAAAUGCUCAAAGCUGUUGUUACAUUUAAGAAUGAAAUUUCAGAUGAAGGCAUACGAUGCAAAAAUCUGAACGAUGAAAUAUUUGCGAUACGGAGCCAGAUCAACACACUGGAGAGAAUUAUUCCCACAGUGCAACCUAAGAUUGUCCUGAAGGAGCUAAAGAAGGUCGAACAAGACCCGGAGCUCCUAAAAGAGUCCAAGGUUCUUCAUUCUAGCCUUCAGGAAGUGUUACAGGACAUCACCAUCUUAACUAAAGAGGUUAACAGACUUCAGCUUCAAUACAGUCAAGUUGAGAUGUUGAAGCCCAAGAUUGACGUCAAGGAGAUAAUCAAUGAAAUCUACAGAGUCGACCCUGAAACUGAGAUUGAACUGAGGCGCCUGAGGAAAGAGCUUCAAGAUAUGGGAAGGCAGCGUGUUGAACUGGAGAACAAGAUCAACUUGCUAAUGGUGGACCUUAAAAACCUGCGUUCUCAGAAACCCAAGACUGAGACAAAGGAAACAGUCCUGGAAGUUGUGAAAGAGGAGCGGAGUCCAGAAAUGAGUCGGGAGAUAGAGAGACUGAACGAACAGCUCACGCGUCUUAAGGCCACCUACACCUCAACAUUGGACCAGCUAAACAUUCUGCGCAAAGAGCGAGAUGAGUGGAAGGUUGAGAAGUCCAAGGUACAGACAACAGUUGUCAACAGGGAAGUAGUCAAAUUUGAGGACGAUCCACUCCUGGAAAGGGAAGCUGAGCGACUGAGGAAAGAGGUACGUGUGGAACUUCAGUUCCGACGCACCGUGGAAGAAAGUGUCUUUGACCUUCAGCAGAAGUACAUCAUACUGGAGAGACAGAAACCUGAAGAGAAGAUUGUAUACCAGGAAGUUGUACGCCUCCAGAAGGAUCCAAAGUAUGCUCUUGAGCAUGAGAGGAUAACCAAGAAACUUGACGAUGAAACCAAGGCCCGCUGGGCAGUGGAGACCGAUGUACAGAAGCUGAGAGUCAUUGUUGCUGAGAAGCAAAAGAGUCUUGCUGAGAUGGAUGAUCGACAGAAGAAGAUUCUUGUUGAAAUGGAGCUCAGACAAAUCAAGGCUCGGAUCCUGGAGCUUGAAAAUUCUCCUCCACGUAUCGAAGAGAAGAUAGUAGUUGAAGAGGUCUUAAAAGUAGAACGAGAUCCCAAUAUGGAUAAACUAAUGAGUGGCUUUCGCAAUGAAAUCGACAACGAGAGCACCAAAAUCACUAAUCUGGAAAGGGACAUCCGAAACCUGAAGCUCAGGAUAGAUGUCCUGACCAAGGAGAAAUCUGUGGAGAAAACUGUCUACAAGGAGGUGAUCAGAGUUGAGAAGGACCAAGCUGUGGAGACUGAAAGAAACCGUCUGAGAGGUCAAGUAACAGUAGCAAAGAGUGCCAGGCGAAACCAAGAGGACGAAAUUCAACGACUACAAGUCAGACUGACCCGCAUUCAGACCACAAUGACCACUGCUUCCAAGGAGGAGGCCACCCUCGUACAAAAUAGGAAUGCACUACAGAAAGAGAGGGAUGACCUCCUUAGGGAGUUAAAGAGAAUGGAGAGUGAAAGGCAGGACAUUACCAUAACUUUCCAGCAUGAGACAAAACUACUGAGUGAGAAGACCCAAAUUUACAAACACAAGUCAAGUAAGAUGGAGUAUGACAUACAGGAUUUGGAAAAAGAGAUCCUGCUUGAGAAAGAAAGAAUCCGCAGAAGGGAGCUCACCAUCGUUGAGCUUCAGAACACACUGAAAAGGGAGGAUCAUUCUGAGAAACACACCAGAGAAACCAGUAAAUCCACCAAAAUCACUAUUCUGGAUCCAGAGACUGGGAAAGACAUGGCACCCUAUGAUGCCUAUCUGGAAGGUCUUAUCGACCGCAACCACUAUAUGCAUCUACAGACACUUGAAUGCAGCUGGGAAGAAAUCACGUCUAGUGGACCUGAUGGUGAGACCACUGUUCUACUGGACUGCAAGAGUGGGAAGAGGUAUUCCGUCCAGGAGGCACUGAAGGAAGGAAGGCUCACCCUUUAUGAUGUUCAGCAGUACAGGGAGGGCAAAAUUCCAAUCUCUGAGUUUGCUCUCAUGGUUGCAGGAGUGAAUAAGAUAAAAUCCCACGCAAGUUCGAGCAAGACUUUAUCUUCGCCAGUAAAAACCACUUCAUCUCCUUUGCGCAACAGCUACAACCCCGCACUGCACUCUCACAAGACGUCCGUCUCAAGCAGCAAGCAAGUGAGCACCACCCCGGUGUUCACCAGUGGAGAUGAAACCUUCCCAAUCUGUGGUAUUCUGGACACCACAACAAAAAGUCACAUGUCUGUGCGAAGUGCGAUGACCCGUAAACUGAUCGAUUCUGAGAUGGCGCAGAAGCUUCUGGAAGCUCAAGCAGCUACAGGAGGAAUUGUGGACCUCAACAAAAAGGAACGCUACUCUGUUCACAAAGCGUCAGAACGUGGCUUGAUUGACCAAGCUCAGAUGAAGACGCUCCUCAGGGCUCAGAAGGCUUUCACAGGUGUUGAGGACCCUGUAACCAAAGAGCGUCUGUCAGUGGGGGAGGCGGCUCAAAAAGGCUGGAUCACAAACGACAAUGCUAGGCGGUACAUGGAAGUACAGCUACUCACAGGUGGACUGGUGAGCCCCAAUAAAGCUGGACGAAUGAGCAUUCAGAAGGCCAUUCAGGAGAAGAUAAUCGACCAAUCUACUGCCAGUGUGCUCGAAGAUGAUAAGAACCACUUGAAGUAUCUGGUCGAUCCCAUUACAAAGAAGGAGAUCACAUACAAGGAAGCCAUGGCUUUAUGCAAGAAAGACUAUGCCUCAGGUCUCCUCCUGCUCCCAGUGGCAUCUAUCUAGUAAAUGAGGUAUAUCCCCUCAUAGUCCAGCUACAUCUCUCUCUCAGAAAAAUCAUCAAGGUAAAGCAAGGAUUACCUCCAGAAUAGAAACAAGUUAGAACAAAUUGUAGAUGUUCUGGUAUUGGAAAGAUGUUUGGAAGAUGAAGAAUCUUUGGAUUACUUACUAAAUUCUCAUAUGAUUUUAGUGGUAUUGAGAUGGUGCAUAUUAGAAAUAAGAGAUCAUCCUUUUAUGUUCACCAAAUUAUGGCAUGUUUCUAGAUUUCUCCAUCUGGUGUUGCUGUUAUUGUUGUUCUCUGUUCUUUCACUUGCAGUUAUGGUGUCUUUCAUAUGAUGUCAGAAUGUCACAACUUCCAA